ACUGCAUCCAAAUGGGGAAGAUCACAUUUUUCGAGGAGAAGAAUCUCCAGGGCCGUUGCUACAACUGCAACAGCGACUGUGCCGACCUGCACACGUACUUCAGCCGCUGCAACUCCAUCCAGGUGGAGAGCGGCAUGUGGGUGAUCUACGAGCGGCCCAACUACAAGGGCUUCCAGUACAUCCUGAGCCCCGGGGAGUACGCCGACAACCAGCAGUGGAUGGCCUUCAGCGACAGCGUCAAGUCCUGCCGCGCCAUCAAGAACGUCUACAGCAGCGCCUGGAAGCUGCGGCUGUACGAGAGGCCCGACUUCGGCGGGCAGAUGGUGGAGUCCUCCAACGACUGCCCCUCGGUGUACGACGCCUACAAGUUCCGCGAGGCGUACUCCUGCGUGGUGACCGACGGCGCCUGGGUCUUCUACGACCUUCCCAACUACCGGGGCCACCAGUACCUGCUGGAGCGCGGCGAGUACCGCCAGCACAGCGACUGGGGGGCGUCCACACCCGGCAUCGCCUCCUUCCGCAGGAUCACUGAGUUCUAA